CCUAUAUCUCCGCGAAGCAAUGAUGUCCUUCGGCGCAUUGCUCUUUUUUCUUGUGUUGACGUUCCCCGCAUCGCUAUGGGGCACCACCCUCACUGUCAAGGAGGACAGCGUCGGCAGAUCUACCGUCAGCUUCCUCCAGACAGGGCUCCUUCCUGAUAAUGGAGGUGAGGUGGGGAUCAUUGCAGGCGUCGUCGUCAACUCCACCGGCAUCCUCUCCCUCUACGCCGGCUCAAACAGCAUUCUCAUGGAUCACACUGCGGUCGGCAUCCACAAGCUGCGGCUGGAUGCUGACCUCCGCGUCAACCCCACGGCUCCCGUGACUAUCGGGGGGCUACACCCAUGGGUGCUCAUCGCCCUCGAUACCUUUGAUGAGUCCACGGGCGCUGAUAAGGUCAAGUGGAGCAGUCACGAGGAAUCCCGCUGCGGAAGCACACCAGAUGUGUUCCUUGGCGGUGAGGAUGCGCUCACCCACCUUCUAUUGGGGUAUUCUGCUGUCUGUGUCCUUGACAGGUCAUUGCAAGUUGGCUGCUGGUGUAGUGUCGAAGGCCUAUCAGGGGCUGCCGGCCCACAGCAGAAUCCGACUGACAGCCCGGGCUCACUUCCUGGACGAGUGGCGUGGCGAGUCCCUCUACCUGCGGGUGGACGGGACUCCGGUAUGGUCGGAGAGGUACCAUUGGUGCACGGCCUUCAACACCACGGCCUGCCUAGGUUACGGCGUCAAUGUGUGUGGGCAGUCCCGACCUGACCGGCUGUCUGUGCCGAUAGAUGUGACGGUGCCCCAUGACAGGGAUGGGGUGGAGGUGGUGUUUGGCUCGACGAUUGACGAUAGUGUGGACCCGUGUGACGCUUCGUGGGGCAUUGACGAUGUAGCGGUGUUUGUCAUGUGAAUUGAUGGAUACAAUUAACUGUACAUACUAUCGCCAUCACUGCGUCUCAUUUGAGCGGCAUUGAUGAGUGAGUACGUCCUUGUGUAUGCGAC